UGAGGGCCCUUUUAGGGAAAGGCAAGAACAUGUGGAGAAAGUGAGAAACUCUAAUUGGGGAUUACUUUUCUAAAUUCCAAGGUGUAGACUUAAGCCUGUUGGAUUCUAUAAUUCUAUAAAUCUGUGGCUUCUUGUACUUUCACUUUCACUGCUCAAGCCUAAACAAACAAUAGAAACUUCGCACACAGAAACACUCACAAGGAGAAGCAGCUAUGCCUAAUGUUACAAAGAAGGUUUGCAAUUCUAAUGAAGAUGCGGACCUCAGAAGAGGUCCAUGGACUCUUGAAGAAGACAGUAUGCUCAUCCAUUACAUUGCUUGUCAUGGAGAAGGUCGUUGGAACCUACUAGCUAAAUGUGCAGGACUGAAGAGAACUGGAAAAAGUUGUAGACUGAGAUGGCUGAAUUAUUUAAAACCCGAUAUUAAGCGCGGGAAUCUUACUCCACAGGAACAGCUAUUGAUCCUUGAACUCCAUUCCAAGUGGGGUAACAGAUGGUCAAAAAUUGCACAACAUCUACCAGGAAGGACAGAUAACGAAAUCAAGAAUUAUUGGAGAACAAGGGUGCAAAAACAGGCUCGCCAGCUUAAUAUCGAGUCUAAUAGCAGGACGUUUCUUGAAGCAGUUAGGUGUUUCUGGAUGCCAAGACUGCUUCAGAAGAUGGAGCAAACUUCUUCCCCUAUUUCUACCUCUAAUUGUUCAUUGACAACCAUGAAUGCCCAGGGUUCUUCAGCUCCUCUAUCACCCAAUCCAAUAGCCUCUUCCCUUUCACCCUCAUCUAUUCCACCAAGAAAUCUGUUACGCUUUGAAAGUUAUCCCACUGAAAAUUCAAGUUCUAUCACAAGCCCAAGUAUUCAUUCCUCAGAUUCCUUAAAAAUCUCUGAACUGCCACAAGUUCCUGAACACCCAGCUGGUCCUUUCCAUGCUUUCGGCAAUACAGUCUACAAUACUGAUUGUCACUUUGUGGAUAGCAGUAUCUAUAACAUGGAGGCUCUCAACCUGGACCCUAACUCAGCAAUGGGCGCCUAUGAGAACUCUAUGUUGGAUUGCCAUAUGGCUGAUGGUGAUUGGCUUUCUGACAACAUGGCAGAAUCUUUAUGGAACAUGAAUGAAAUGUAAAAGUUUUAAGGAAUUCAGAUGAGAGGGGCAUCUUGGGUGGUCUUGUUAUUAUGUGAAGGCUCUACCCAUAGGUUAUCAAGAUUUUAGUCGUGAAACUGAUCCCGAUAAGAUUUGAUACUUAGUGUAACUCAACUAAAAUAAUUUUAGUUUGAAGGUUUUGUUAUGUAACAUAAAAUCUAUAGCAAAUUUGAAGUUAACUGA